CCUAAGCCUUCUUCUGUCCGUACCACUGUUUAUAAAAAGACUGGAAAUACAUAUUCUUUAAAGAUCAAAACGUCACGUCUCAUAUUUAAUGAGAUUAGUCAAAAAUUUGGCACUUUUCCUUUCCCCCUGAGAGCGUUGGAAGAUGAAAAAAAGGCUAGAUUGGGAGAUUUUGUGGCACAGUUCUUUAAUACAGUUCUUUUAACCAAAAAUGGAUCAAUUAAAAUUACAAACACAUUUUACGAUCCAGAGAUUAUUCAAAGUGAUAAAAAAGUGGAAGAUGAAGAAAUUGUAUCUCUGUUGGCUACCAAUGCUGCUGAAGAAAAAAAGGAUGAAACUGAAACUGCGGACGAAUAA